GACUAUUUAAGCAAAGUUCCUGCAACUCUUUUGACUUCAGUUUUCAGCCCUUCAGCAUGGAGGAGAUCUACGUCAGGCAUGUGGAGCUGCUCGGCUUUGAGAAACGCUUCUUUCCAAGUCAGCACUACGUAUACAGGCUGAUGGUGAAAUGGAGCGAUGAGUCAGAGAAGCUGAUCUACAGGACGUAUCCUGAGAUCCACACUUUUCAUAAAUCUCUGAAGGAGAUGUUUCCCAUUGAAGCUGGACAAAUAGACAAGAGGGACAGAGUAAUCCCAUCACUUCCAGCCCCACGAUGGGUGGAAAGCCAGAAGUCCAGAGAAAUCAGGAAGAUCACCCUAGCUGAGUAUUGCGAGUCUCUCAUCAACUUGCCGGCUCACAUCUCCCGCUGCAAACAUCUGUCCUCCUUCUUCAAGGUCCGACCUGAGGACGAAAACCCUCCUGCACCAAAUACAAUGAAAAGAAAUGACUUGUUUGUGGAGUCCAGGGAACUUGCCAGAGCCACUGCUUCAGAAAUUUCUGGACCCAUCAUCCUGGACACCUACAGAGUCAUUGCAGACUUUGAAAAGACGUCCAAACAUGAGCUCAACCUCUACACCGGAGACUUUGUGGAAAUUGUGGAGAAAAAUCAGAAUGGUUGGUGGUUCUGUCAGUGUGAAUCCAAACGAGGCUGGGUCCCUGCUUCCUACCUGGAACCCCUCGAUGGACCAGAGGAGGCAGAGGAACCUGAACCGGAUUACGAAGGAGAACUGCAUGUCGUCAUCCAAGCAUACCAGGUGGAGCAGGAGGAUGAGAUUUCUCUGGAGGUGGGAGACACCGUGGAGGUCAUUCACAAACUGCUGGAUGGGUGGUGGGUCAUCAGAAAAGGAGAAGAGACUGGUCAUUACCCUUCCAUGUUCCUGCAGAAGUCUGACAAGAAAAAUGAAACAGACAGGACAAACCUGCGAGGACAGAGACCUCCACCUCGCAGGUCCACCAUCAGAAAUGCCAAAAGCAUUCACAGCAAAUCCCGGCAGAAGCUAAGUCAAGACGCCUAUCGCAGGAACAGUCGGCGUUACCUGCAGCAGAAAGGUGUCACUCCUCCAAAACGGAACUCUGGGAAGGUGCCACUGAAGGAGAGGAAGAAUGAGGACAACAUUCCCGAAGUGUCUGAAUCCAGUUCAGAGAGUGAGCUGAAGAAGGAAGCUCCAGUCAUCCCGCCGCGGCCCAGUCCGGAGCUCAUCCUGGAGCGCUGCACCGACAACACUCGCAAGAAGAUGAGCAUUCAUAAGUCGGGCUCCGGCUCUUCCUGCUAGCACCAGGAUUAUCAGGGAGGAGAUGUUUCUCUUCAGUGCUUAAAGUCAAGAUGUGGUGAUCUGUUUGCUUCUCAUCACAGCACUUCUGAUGUUUUGGACUUUUCAUUUUGUAGCUUCUAGCAAACUCAUUUUUAGAGGCAAACUUUUAGAGAAACUAUAGCUUCGCACUGACUGCUCUGUACUGUUUUAGCUUUUUUCUCACCCAAAACUAUAUUUAGUUCUGCAUCCCACAGACCUCAUUCUAAUUUCAAGUGGCCUAAAUAUAUUUUUAGAUUGCAUGAUUUAAUUAGGCCUACUCUCAUUUUGACACAGAAACGAGCUCAGUUUUUUUCCCAGAUAUACUUUUAACUCCAUUUUUCUUUAUUUGCUUUUAUUCAAGGCAAAAAAAAAAAAAACGCUAAGAAAACACGUGGGUCAGUAAAUGUUACUUCAUCUUGUGUUUUUGUAAGCUCUGCGUUUAUUUAUUUGCUCAAUAAAUUUCUGAAACAAUGAAACAAAUGAACAUUUGUAGAGUGUAAAGCAGGGGGAAAAUAUUGUGUUCAGUUCUUUCAGUUUUCUUUUUUUUUUCAAAAGCCAAAUGAAUGUUGGCAUUAAGAAUGAGAUAAUUAAUUGCAGAAACUUUAUAAUAAACAGAACAAAGGGAUUUUAACUUUUGCUUAAAAACUUAAAA